AUGUCCGUGCUGUACCUGCUGAUCUUUUGGCCGAAGGAGAGCAAAGGUAGCAGGUACAGGUUUAACUCAAAAUUCAUUGGGACAACCUCAAAAACAAAACACCUGGCAGCUGCCCUCUCUGCCCUCUGCCUGCUGACCCUGCUGCUGUCACCAGUCAUCCUGGGGGCCCCCAUCUCCCCAGCUGAGCCAAUCAGUCAAGCCUAUAGCCUGGCCCUCUACAUGCAGAAAAACACAUCCAGCCUUCUGCAGACUUACCUCCAGUACCAGGGCAGCCCCUUCAGUGACCCUGGCUUCUCUGCCCCUGAGCUCCAGCUUAGCAGCCUGCCUCCGGCUACUGUCUCCUUCAAGACCUGGCAUGCCAUGGAUGAUGGGGAGCGACUGGGCCGGGCUCAGGGGGCCUUCUUGGCCUUGACCCAACACCUCCAGCUCGUAGGGGAUGACCAGAGCGACCUGAACCCUGGCAGCCCUGUCCUGCUUGCUCAGCUUGGGACUGCAAGACUCAGGGCACAAGGCCUGCUAGGCAACAUGGCGGCCAUCAUGACUGCACUGGGCCUGCCUAUUCCCCCUGAGGAGGAUACUCUUGGAGUUGUCUCCUUUGGGACCUCGGCCUUUGAGAGGAAAUGUCGAGGCUACAUAGUGACCCGAGAGUAUGGGCACUGGACGGACAGAGCUGUGAGGGAUUUGGCUCUGCUCAAGGCCAAAUACCCUAGAUAG